AUGAGCCAGCGCCGCUAUGCCGGUGGUGCGCCUAGUUAUAACGAGCCGUCCGGCCAUCUCUUCGGUGAAAAGCCCCCUCCCAAAGGCCAAAAGCGUGAGAAGCAGGCUUGGGAAAACAUGUGGUACAUUGGCAUGUACGGAGGUAUGGUUGCUUUUGGCGUGCUCUACUACUUCAAGCCCGACCGCAGUGUGCGUCACUGGGCCACCCCGGAGGCUGAAAAACGUUUGAACGAGUCUGGCGUGCCUUGGCGCUACAAGCCUUCGCCUUAUUCAGGGUACCCAGAGGGUAUCCCGGACGAGAAAAAGUAA